AUGAAUCUUUUGAAGUUUCUUUAUGGAGAAUCGUCGAAGUAAGAAGCGAAUUAGAAGAUAUAGAAACACUUAUUUUACUCAAAUGAUGAUGAAUAUCAAGGCGAGGUUAUGAACGAUAAACGUCAUGGGAAAGGAACUUACAAGUUUGCAUCAGGGAAUCGUUACGAAGGGUAGUGGAAGAAUCAUCAGAAGCAUGGGAAAGGUAAGCUGUACUAUAAGAAUGGGGAACUGUACAUAGGGGAUUGGGUUGAGAAUAAGAAGUGUGGAGAAGGAAUGCAUUUUUAUAUAAAUGGGGAUAGAUAUGUUGGAGAAUGGAAAGAUGAUUAGAGGGAUGGUACAGGAACUUUAUAUUAGGCUGAUUAAAAUAUAUUCCAUGGUAUUAGAAGAUAGAUUAUGCAGGAUAGUUUAGAAUGAAUAAAAAGUGUGGAACUGGCUAUUACUUUAAUACUCGAGAGAAGAAAUAUUACAAAUAGCAUUAUGAAUUUGACAUCAUUGUCGAUAGUGUGUAGAUUGAAGAUGUUCCAUCAUAUGUGCUUGAAAAAUUCCAUAUAAAACCUGAAAGAAACCAUAUUGAGAGUGAGAAGAGUGAAGAUUGCACCAUUAAAAUAGAAGCUAGUCCUACAGUAUAGAAUGAUAGCGAUAAGCAAAAAGAUCUGCAACCAAGUGGUUAAAGUGGUUAAGGGGAAUCAGAUCCUUAAUUAAAAGACGAAGGUAAAUCUUAACUAAACUCUCUUGGCAAUUCAUAACAACAUGGAUUUUUGAGUUUAUAAGUAUUGGAGAAGUUGGAAGAGUUUGAGAGUUAAAAACAUAGUAAAAUUAUUGAAAUAUAUUAAAAAUAUAGUGUAAGACUGGUAAUUAGAAGAAGUUUGCAUUUGGUUAGAUACAUUAUAAUUAGGUGAAUAUAAAGAUGAAUUUAUUAAGAACUAAAUGACAGGCAAGACUCUCUAUGCCUUAACCGAUAAUGAUUUAAAGUAAGAUUUAGGAAUAUCAGUUUUGGGACAUCGAAAGAAGAUUUUGCAGUCAAUAGAGGAAUACAAGAAAUACUAUGUGAAAUUUAUGGGAGGAAGAGUAAGGAUGAAGAAGGGGUUGGAAUCUUUGGAAGAAAGAAAAGGACUAUACAAUUCUAUAGAGCAUUAGAGAUUUAAAAGCAUCUUUUCAUAUAUGGAGAAGAUAGAAGAGGAGUAAAAUGAACACCAUGACAACAACAAAAGUGAAUCAAGUAGUGAUUCCCCAAGUGCAAACAAGAGAAAGAGAAAUGGCAAAGAUGUUAUUCCUAAGUCUCCCAAUAGAUCAAUAUCAAAUGAUUCAGAUUAAGGAAAUUUGAGUGAUAAUAAUAUGUCGUUGAAAUUGAAAAAACAAAAAAGUAAAAGGAGUAGAAAGCAUUAGAGAAAAUAAACUACAGAUUAGUAGAAAUCCGGAGAAUCUGCAGAUGAUGAAGAUGGUAAAUAACAUCUGAGCUCACCUAUUUGUAUUUGAUAUUUUUAAUAUAUUUAGAGUCUCCAAAUAAAGCUAGUAAUAAUGUAAGUGAUUAAAAGAUUGAGAUUCUAGUGUUGAAUGAGUGUCAAAAUAUUGGAGAAGAGAACAAGGAGAAGGAUAUUUAUGGAGUGAAUGAAUUAUCUAGAUAAUCAACCAAUAAAUAACAUGAUAUCUCAGAAUUCACAUCAUCCAAAAGUCCUCCUCAGAUAAUCAAUAAUAACGAUGAAAACAUUACUUAAUUGGAUAGAUUAUAAUCCAUUAAUUUAUAGUUGUAAAGACAGAAAUCAGAAGCAAUCGGUAGUAAAUUCUAGGAAUAAGAUUCAUCCAGCUAAGAAUCUGAUGUAUCUGGGAAUGAUUCAAGUUCAGAAUCAUCGGAUGAUGAGAGAUAUAAAAAUCAAAAGAGAUCCAGAAAAUUAAAAGAAAUUAAUAAGAAAGAAAAAGAGAAGGACGAUAGAUAAUAACAUCAUUUACCUAAAAAGCUACUUGUAAUGUUAAAAGAAUUUGGAAUCAAUGAAAGAGUCUUAAUAGUAUUUCACGAAUUGAUUAUUGGAUAAAUAAUCGGUGAAGGUGGUUAUGGUGUUGUACAUAAAGGUAAGUGGCUUGGUUAAGAUGUGGCUAUCAAAUCUUAUGGAAAAAGAAAAUCUCAAGGAAAUUUGAAAUACAAAUUAUAAAUGGCUGAUUUUUUGAAGGAAGUAGAAGUGAUUUCAAAUCUACGUCAUCCAAACAUAGUCUUGUAUAUGGGAGUAUGCAUAAGAAAAUAGAAUUAUUAUUUGAUUACUGAAUAUCUGGAAGAGGGCAGUCUUUUUGAUCAUCUACAUAAAAAGAAGACACACAUAGAUUAAAAAGCUUUAAUGUAAAUAGUAGAAGACAUUGCCUUGGGAAUGAAUUAUCUACACGGCAGAAAAGUUAUGCAUUGUGAUCUCAAAUCAUCUAAUGUCCUUAUUGAUUAAAAUUGGAAUGUUAAGUUAUGUGAUUUUGGCUUGUCCAGAAUCAAUAAGAAGAUAGAUCAUAAAGUAAACAAAGGAGCUAGAAUAGGGACUCCUAAUUGGAUGGCUCCAGAAAUCAUGCGAGGAGAACCAUAUCAAGAAAAAGCAGAUGUCUAUAGUUUUGGAAUGAUUCUAUGGGAGAUUAUUACUUAAUAAAUACCUUAUGAAGGUUUAUCAUAAACUUAAAUUAUUGGUACCGUUGGAUAUGGACAAGAUUAAGUUAUUAUUCCUUCAAAUAGCAAUCCUUCAAUUUUACUUUAACUGGCCAAAAAGUGUUUGAAAAAGAAUCCUCAUGAAAGGCCUACUUUUACUGACAUUGUUAAUGAAAUUCAAAUGGGAUAAAAAACUGAUGCUAAACUUAAAAGUAACUUUCUAUUUUUAUUUAAUUAUAGAACAAGCUAUAAGAUAGCUUAUAGACUUUUUUGAAUGA